UAACGUGUAACUCGUGGAUAUAGGGACUGGAGAACAGACAGCCGGGACCGAAAAAAACAACGAUUUGCUCAUCAUCAACGACAAACAGAAAUCCGAGCCCACCCCUUCACUUGACAACGCGACAUCAUCCAGGCAGAAAGGCUUACAUCUCAUCUUUCCAUCCUCCAUCCACCCUAACCUGCUGUGUUGGGGAAACCCCUAAUGAGUGGGACCUGUAUCCAUGAGCCCCGUGCCCCUUCCCCCUCCCUGUCAGGCUUCAGUACCCCCAUCUCAGAACCCCCCUAUCGAAGACUCGAUGGAGACACCCCUGCCUGCACCCCAGAAACGGACCUGACCCCCACACAGUGUGUCCUCCGUAACGUGCUGUCCAUCGACACUGUUGGACCGGGGGCGCCAGGCGGCAGCAGCCCCACUCCCAGUGAUGGAACCUCAGCCCACUUUGACAACAGCGUGCUAAAACUACAUGAACAUGAGGCCUGCCAGUGUUGCGGUGGGGCCGAAGCGGGGCACAGUCCAGAGGCUGGUGCUGUUCGGAGCCAGUCGGAGAACAUUCGGCUACAAUCAGGAAGUGGAGGUUUUUUGGAGGGACUGUUUGGCUGCCUAAAACCAGUCUGGACCAUGAUUGGAAAGGCCUACUCCACUGAACACAAACAUAGCCAUGAAGAGUCCUGGGAGGUUCCUUUUGAGGAAAUCUCCGACCUGCAGUGGGUGGGCAGCGGGGCACAGGGGGCUGUCUUCCUCGGCAAGUUCCACGGAGAUGACGUGGCUGUAAAGAAAGUGCGGGAUAUAAAAGAGACCGAGAUCAAACACCUCCGAAAACUCAAGCACCCCAACAUCAUCACUUUCAAGGGCGUGUGCACCCAGGCUCCUUGUUACUGUAUCUUGAUGGAAUACUGUGCCCAAGGCCAACUGUAUGAGGUGCUGAGGGCCGGUCGUAAAAUCACUCCCUCCCUCUUGGUUGACUGGUCCAUGGGCAUUGCAGGUGGCAUGAACUACCUACACCUCCACAAAAUCAUCCAUCGAGACCUCAAGUCCCCCAACAUGCUGAUUACACAUGAUGACCUAGUAAAGAUCUCCGACUUUGGCACCUCAAAGGAGCUUAGUGACAAGAGCACCAAGAUGUCAUUCGCCGGCACCGUAGCUUGGAUGGCUCCUGAAGUAAUUCGGAAUGAGCCAGUGUCGGAAAAGGUGGACAUCUGGUCCUUUGGAGUGGUGCUGUGGGAGAUGCUAACUGGAGAGAUCCCUUACAAAGAUGUGGACUCAUCUGCCAUCAUCUGGGGCGUGGGAAACAACAGCCUUCAGCUGCCCGUUCCUGAGAGCUGCCCCGACGGCUUCAAGAUCCUCCUCAGACAGUGCUGGAACUGUAAGCCCAGGAAUAGGCCCUCUUUCCGUCAGAUCCUUCUUCAUCUGGAUAUAGCAUCAGCUGAUGUGCUGUCCACUCCACAAGAGACAUACUUCAAGUCUCAGGCUGAAUGGCGAGAAGAGGUGAAACAGCACUUUGAGAAGAUUAAAUCUGAGGGUACUUGUAUCCACCGACUCGAUGAGGAACUGAUCAAUCGACGCAGAGAGGAGCUCAGGCAUGCUUUGGACAUUCGCGAGCACUAUGAGCGGAAACUGGAGAGGGCUAACAACCUUUACAUGGAGCUCAGCGCUGUCAUGCUGCAGCUGGAGCUCAAAGAGAAAGAGCUGCAGAGGAGAGAGCAGUCUUUGGAUAAAAAGUAUCCAGGCUUGUUUAAGCAUCACAGCUCCAGGCAGAGCAGCUCCUCCAACUCCAUGGACAAACUCAUCAAGAAGAGAAAUGUCCCACAGAAACUGCCCUCGGGAAAGAGGCCAGACAUCCUCAAGUCUGAGGUAAUCAUUCCCAAAAUGGACUCCUCUGUGAUGCAAGUCACUAUCCCAGCCUGCCCCAACAGAAGCUCCACUUCUCCCAGCCGGUCUCGGAGGGUAAAGACCCGACAUCGCAAGCCCGGGAAGGGCAGCAGUGGGGAUCUGGCUGGACUUAAGGCAAAUCAGUCCUCCCCUAACAGGGACACGACUGCCCAGGCUAACGGUUCUACCACUAAUACCUCUAAGCAGCUCCUGGAGCCCUCUGCAGCCCUGCUGGGCCUCAGCCAUGAGCAGCAGCAGAGGCAGCUAUCCUCCUCCAGCCCUGACCUCAUCUGCACCACGCUAGAGGCAGAGGGGCAGGGCAACGGGGAGCCCUCUGUGGGCGGGCUGGAGAGAGGGGGGAGCCUCAGUGCCUCCGCAGGGUUAGGGGGAUCUGAGGCAGGGGCAGCUGGUCUAGAUGAUCUCACAGAAACCCCUCCACGCAGUGACACGCCGAGCGAGGAUGCUGCGUCGUUCCCGUUCUCCAGCAGCCCAGACUCACCAUGUGGGAGGGGCGCGGCAGCUGGGCGGGGGUCCCUGGGAUCUCCACGUCUGCCUCACGAUGGGGAGGAUAAAGAGGAGGGAGCCGGUGCUGUGAGGUUGCCCCGCGGGGCAUCAGGGGGAAUUGGGAGUCAGCACCUCACUCCUUCAGCCAUUCUGUACAGGGCAGCUAUCACACGCAAACAGAGGCGUGGAGUGUCAUCAGAAGAGGAGGAGGGUGAAGUUGACAGUGAGGUUGAGUUACCAAGGAGACGACGUCCGACCAGCAUCACCAAGUGCCAGUCGGUGUCUACCUUCAGCUCAGAGAACCUGUCGGUGUCGGACGGCGAGGAGGGCCACACUACUGACCACUCUCACAGCGGCACCCCCGACGUGGUCAGCACCAACACAGACGACAGGCUGGACGACCGCAGCGACGACCUCCUCUCUCAGGGGUCCGAGAUCCCGGCGGACAACACUGAUCCUGUGCAGACUUCCGAUGGCCUGUCGGAGAGAGACGGAGCGCUAGGACAGGCCAAACCUCAGCUGGAUGUCGAGCAGAAUCCUAAUGAGAGUCGGGCCAUGUGUGAUGACUCUGACUGCGACAGUGCUGAGCUGGAUCAGUCAGGUAGCGGAGAGCCCAGUCGUCCUCCCAGUGCAGGAGCAUGGGUGUCGCCGUCUCAACCCUAUCAGGGGUCGCCAAAGGUGCCCCAUACAGGACCUCCAUAGAUCACUGGACACUAGCAAAUACCUCCAGCUACCAUCACAGGCGUACACCAAUCUGUCAGUGCAGUACAUUACUGUUGUCAUGAGGGAUCACACCUACUACACCACUCAGACUAUGACAAGUUGACUUAUGGUGUCUCAUAAGUUUGUUGGCUGGCAAACCUACAUCAGAUGACAUAGGACAUUUGUCAUAACCUGACAUCAGAUAUCCUGGCAGCUUGUGACAUCAGAUUAAUGUCAUUUAAUUUCAGAAGGGUUUUUGUUUUAGGCAAAAUAGUUACCAAGGUAACCUUAGCCACUGCUUCGGUUCAGCAAAAACCCUUCCACAGACGCACACGCACGCACAAGAUACCACACUCGUUGUCCUUUAAACACUCUUAUCCUCACUCUGGGAGCAUCCUCCAUGAUACUCCACACACUAAUGCAUUAAAUACUAAUGAAUAAUAAUGUAAAUAUCCAUUACAUACCACAUGAGAAAUAUCUAACUUUAUUUUAUUUGUAAGAUAACAAUGUAAGACUAAACUGUAUGCAGCCCUGUGAACAAAUGCAUGACUACAUGUUUAUAAUUUAUGGUUCGAAUGUGUCAGUUUUAUACUUUGUGAAAGUUUACACUUUUUUAAUCCUGAAAGUAUUACUUCAGUUAUUUUGUUUUGGUUUUUGUUAAUAAA